AUGGAUCUCUUCACCGCCGCCUGUGACAAAUUCGGCCUGGUCAUCAACACGAAGACGGUUGUUAUGCAUCAACCGCCACCCGACGCUGCCUUCGUCGCAACCCAAAUCACCGUGAACGGAACUCAACUGCAAGUGGUGGACAACUUCACGUAUCUGGGCAGCAUCGUCUCCCGCACAACCAAACUCGACGAUGUAGUGGCCCGCCGGAUUUCCAAGGCCAGUCAAGCCUUCGUAGCCUUCAAAACACAGUUUGGAAUCUCCACGGUUUUCAACUCAACACGAAACUGA